CCCAGUGCUACAAUUACAUAUUUAGAAGACAACCCUACUGACAAUAUUGUAUUCACUGGACCCCACUAUGGCAGGUCCCUGCACUCAAACCUACUAGAUGGCAGUUUUUGACGCGGCUAUGCGUCGAAAGGCGCUCGCAAGCGUACCUGUGAGUGGAUCGGUAUGUCCUCGGCCUCUGUCCGACCGUGACGUUGGAGAGGACGUGGUGUGACUGAGAGACGACAAAUUACAAUUGGCAUUCUGUGUGAUCGGCUGGCUAGUGGCGGGCGCUCGCCAAGCCUCCUACUACCCGCGUCCCCUUGGUUUUGCUGAACGACUCCCGGGGCCUUAUACUUACUGACUACCACAACGGAUGGGAUUAUCCUUUCCCGAAACGCCGCUCCCUCGUUGUGUCCUGCCCCAUCCACAGUCGGACAUGCACUCUUUUUAUGAUCUGCACGAUGCUUCAUUGGCGGACGGCGAUCAGCUCUUUCUACAGAUUCCACCGCCGUCUUACGAGCAACAUAACACCGACCCUGGCUUCGUGUUCGAUUCAAAACGGGCUCCGCGACCCUUGCCGCGCCCCCCGCCGUCGGUGCACAGGGCAGCCACGACUACGAGCGUGACGUCAUCUGUGUCCUCGUCGACCGAUUCCACGUCAUCUGGGCCCAUGCUGCAACGCCGUGCUUCCGGUGGAGACGCGCCGAUGCGCAGGAAAAAGCUGAAGCUGGGCCGCCAGCUGUGUGUGAUCAAUCGCACCGAAUUCGAUUCGCCCGUUUCCCCUCCUACAUCCAGGGCGGGCGGUGGCGCGUUUCUCUUUCCGCCUCUGCAUGUGUCACUAGACCCUCCUUCGCCCACAAGUGCUUCGUCCGCGGGGACGCAAGGCCUGCCGUCACCGUCGGGUUCAGCUGAAGCACCGGUUCCCGAUGACAUACUUGUGCAGAAUGACAUCGAAAGUGAGGGUUCGGGCACGGGUCGCAACCGGAGGCGACUGGCGCUUUCGUUGAGCUCGCUUCCGGCGCAUGAACUUGCGGCAUUGCGAAACGCGGGGGAAGAUCAGGAAGAGAGCGAUUGCGCUCAUUCUAGUUUGUGUUCGGAGCGGGGACUGUCAUCGGCUUUGGUGGACGGCGAGGAUGAAGACAACUAUACUCAGACUGCGCUUCUGAUGCAACUGUCGCCUGAACAUGCCACAGCUGUUCCACCGCAUUCAGCUAGGCUGACUCUGGAGGAUUUGGGUCCAGAUCGAUGGAUAUUGGAACGUUAUUCGUAUAUUUUAGAUGCUUUAUAAUGUAUCAUCUACUAGCGGCCCUUCGAUGCGGGGUGAUUUCCAGUUCAUAGAUCGUGAGAGGUUGGCCCAUGGCACAUAUGUCUAGUGUACAGCCUCGGUCACCGAGCACCCCCAACCUGGUCCGAUUCAAAAGCGGUUGUUUGUUCUUGAUCUACAGUGCAAACAACCCCAUAUUGCGGCCUCAUGCAUGUUCCACGACUCUAACUAAUCCUUCAUGCCGUCUCAGAGAGCAGACGCCGCCACUAUCACGCCUUAUCUUGAUCACGUCGUUACCCACCACGGGCAGCGCACUCUGAUCCCGGCCGACAACAAUGGAAGGAGGAGGAAGGCGAAAGAGGCGGUCUCGAGGACCCGUUCGCGGCAAGAGCCGGUGAGGCAAGAGAGCGGGAACGGGGGCUCACCGCGUCGUGUAACGGGGCGUCCCCAGCAAGUAGAUAUGCCUUUGUGGCCUCUUCGUCGCCAGGCGCGUCAGGACGAUGAAAUUCCCGAUUAUCCACCACCUUCGUUCCAGGAGGCUAUGCUGUCUCCUACGGUGUCGGUGUGUCCGAGCACGAUCACGCUCGGGCAAUAUUCGACGACGACAUCUCGGCCAUCCCAAGAGGCGGGAUCGCAUUCGCAGUCGGACUCGGAAUCGGAGGAUGGCUCGCUUGACAUCGUCGACCCCACAGACACGCACAUAACUGCUGGCUCCCCCUCAGUGGCAGACCAAUCUUCGGUCCGGUCGGGGGGCACAGAGCCGCGAGGACGAGGGAUUUUGGACUCCGAUCCGGACGACACGGGAUGCAGUGCUUUGUCCUCGCUGCAUCCCAAAGCACAUCGGCGGCAUCUGUCACUAUCACCCCUUCGUACACUGUUUCCGGCACGCAAUCACGGGCAGCGCGAUUCGGCUUCGGUGCAAAGCAUCCCUUCUCCCUAUUCUAUUCGCAACUCCCCAUUCUCUCAAAGCACAGUCUCUUUGAGGAACAGCCCGCCCCCGCUAUCGCCAUCGUCUGGAGUCUUUCCGAGACGUUUUUUACCGCACAAGGGGAAGGAACGUGCGCGCGCCGAAUCUUUAGACUCAUGGGAGAUCGUGGAAUCGCAAUUGGCCGCUGAGGACCUUUUGCCGCCCGCAUCUCCAUCUGGAUCUCUGGUUGAUGAAAGAUCGACCAUGAGCCCUCCUUCCAUCACGCUGGCACCACUGGUCUUGCGAACAAAGAAAGCGCCGCCUCCACCUCCGCCGAAAAAGAAACCGCAACUGCGGUCGUCGCCCCUUCGUCCUGGAUCACCGCUGGAUGUUGAUCUCGACCGCGCGGUCAGGACGCCCUUGCCGAUGACGCCUGUCUCAGGGUCGCCACCGGUCCUAUCUAUCGCAUCACCCUUACAAGCGCCGGCUUCGUUUCUUCGUUCGCCUGCAGUUGCUGACGAUAAUUCUCAACCGGCUCAAGAGGAAGUGGGGAUGCUUGGCGGAUCUUGUCCACAAGCGGCGCCCGAAAUUGUACUAUCCAUUCCCCCACUCAGUGCGGCGACGCCGGUGAACGAGUCCCCGCCUCGACAACAUCACUACUUGGGGCGCCCUCUUCCUCGCCGACCGCGGCGGGUCGUCGAUUCGACUUAUGCUCCCAAUCCAGAAGUGCAGCAGCAGCAGCACCCCGAACCGUUCCCGGGAGGAGUGCUCAUCGACCUGGAGGCGGAGCUCCCGCCCAGCCCCGUGGGGCUUGGGGUUCAUAGCAAUUUAUCCAGGGAACCAGGGCCAGAACCGGGAGAGAGAUGCCCCUCCAUGACGUCCACUGCGGGGCAGUCGGCUAUCGUUCUGGAACAACAUUCAGAUGUGCAGCAGUACCGGACCGAACUUCUCCCAGGGGGAGUGCUCAUAGACCUGGAAGCAGAAGCUCUGGACUCUCCCGUGGGAGGCAGCAAUUUAUCGCGGGAAAUAAGGUCAGAGCCGGCAGCGGCUUUCCCGGUCAUGCCGUCAACCACUGCAGGACAGCCGGUUAUCCAUCUGGUUGCACCGGAUAUGCACCGGGCUUCUUCGGCUUCGUCCGUCGACUUGACGCCAACGCCUACGAGCGAGUACCUGGACGUCACGGAUCUUGAUAUGCUCCUCGCGCGACUGGAGGGAAAUCAGCAUGACGGGUCUGACUACGAUGCCCUCUGGAUGGUCUCAGAGUUCAUCGGACCGGCAGCGCAACCCGCAAGGAAAAACACCUCGGCCCUUCUUCAUGGGCGAGUUGAGAUCCAGCGACGACGAGUGACAAAAGAAGGACGGGUACGGAUCAAGCCGAUGCUGUUGGGUAUCGGCGUUGACCGAUGUGGCAUCUGCAUGAGUCAGUUCAAGAAGGCCGACGAGGCCCGCAUGAGCGAAAAGUGUAAGCACUCUUUCCAUGCACGGUGUCUGGACCGUUGGCUGGCCCGCAGCCAGACUUGCCCUAUGUGCAGAGUGGCAUUGAGAGUCUAAUAGGCCCACGAUUUUGUAAUACAAGCGAUAACAUGUAGUAGUACUUGGCCAGUAUGUUGUAUGUACUUCUUUCACAUGUAGCAUCACUCGGGAAACAUGCCUUGGUAGCACAUUUGAUGGUUCCAUCGA